AUGAAUUAAGAUAGCACUCUAUAAAAUUAGGAAACUCAAGAAGAAUGGUCAAAGAAAGCCAAAGAUCAUUUUGAAAAAUCUCAAGUAGUUAAAUAUUUUAUGUCCAGACCUUACAUUAAAAUCAAAUGUUGGAUGAUGCUCUUAAUGAGGUGAAUGAAGCCCUCAAAUUGAAUUCCAACUAUUCAGAAGCCUUUAAUUUAAAAGGUAAUUAAAACGAAUACUUUAUUAGCUGAGAUCUUAGUAAAAAAAGGAGAUCCGAAAUAGGCAUUAGAAGAAGUAAAUAAAGCGAUCUAACUCAAUCCUCAACUGAAGGAAGCUUACUAUAACAGAGGUAAUUUGCCAUGUGAAUCUAGCUCUUAUCUUCAGGAAGAACAAAAUUUACAAUUAGGCUCUUAAUGAUGCUGAAAUGUACUAUCAACUAGACCCUUAGUCAACCAAAAAUAUAAACUUCAAGGGUAUGAUUAUUUUAAGCCAAAAUAGGCAUAAUUUUGAAGGAAUCAGGAAGUUAAAAAGAAGCUCUUGCUGUAUUUUAGAAAACUUUGGAGUUAGACUAAAUGAACUAUCCAGCUUACUAUUAAAGAGGUAAUAGGAAAUCACGAAUGAUUAGGUUUAAUUCUCCGUGCACUGAAAAAGGAGGAGGAAGCUUUGUAAGAAUUUAAUAAGGCAAUCGAGAUAAGGCCAACUUCCAGUGAUGCCUUUUUUGAAAGGGCAGAACUGUUAACAGAUAUGAAUAGGAAAGAUGAGGCAUUGCUAGAUUACAACAAAACAAUUGAACUUGAUCCGAAAAAAGCUUAAACAUAUGAGUGCAGAGGUUUUUUUUGUUUUUAUGGAAGGAAUACUCUUGAAAUAAAUGGAGAAAUACGAAGAGGCCCUUUCAGAUUAUAAUAUGGCUAUUAAAUUAAAUCCAAAAGUUGCAAAUUAUUAUUUGAAUAAAGGUUUAUAAAUGGUUUUAUUUCUAAGGAUUGCUUUUCAAGGCUAUGAAUGAAAAAGAGAAGGCCCUUGAAGAAUACAAUUUAGCAAUUUAAGUUAACCCUAAACUUGCUAAAGCCUACAAAAACAGAGGUUACUUGAAUUCCUAUUAUUAGCUAUCCUAUAUAAAGAAAUUGAUUAAAAUGAUAAAGCCUUAAGUGACUACACCAAAAUCUUAGAAUUAAAUCCCAAAGAUGAAAAAAAUUACACAUACAGAGGUAGGAAAUUGAUUUCAAUAAAAGGCAAUUUACUAAAAUAGCUCGGAUAGAAUGAAUUAGCUCUUUAAGAUUACACAAAAUCGAUCGAAAUUAAUCCUAACGAUGUCGAGAAUUAUGUUAGACGAGGUAAGUUAUUAUUUAUAUUGAAAAGCUACUUUGUAUAAACAGUUAGGCUAGAAUGAUCUAGCAAUGAAGGAUUAUGACAAAAUUUUAGAGAUUGAACCAAAAAAUUCAAAUGUCUAUUAUAAAAAAGGUAUCAAAAUUCGUUAUUGAAGCUCUUUUCUUGGAAGAAUUAUAAUAGAAUGAGCUUGCCAUCACUUUUUUGAAUUAGGCCAUCUAAAUAAAUCCAGAAGAUGUGAAUUUGUAUCUCAAAAGAGGUAGAUAAUUCCUUUUCUAUAGAAUUAGGCGAUCUUAAUAAAAUGACCAAUCAACUUGAUAUGGCUGUGAAUGAUUAUUCAAAAGCUAUUGAAAUUAACCCAAAUAAUGAAGUUGCGUUAUAGAAUAGAGGUUUCAAAUUCUUUUAUUAAUGUAGCCUUGCUUUUCAAGAAAUUGAACUAAACUGAAAAAGCAUUUUAAGAUUUUCAUAGAAUCUUAGAGAUUAAUCCAAAACAUCUAAAUGCAUAUAAUCAUCGAGGUAAUUUUACUAAUAAUUUAAGGAAAUCUGUACAAAGAACUAAAUUAAGAUGAAUUAGCUCUUCAAGAUUUUAAUAAGAUAAUAGAAAUGGAUCCAAAAAUUUUAGUCGUCUAUUAUAAUCGGGGUAAGAAUGUAAUCAUCUUUUAAAGCGAAAAUUUAUAUAAGAUAAUAAAAGAAUGAUUUGGCUCUUUAAGAUUUGAAUCUAGCUGUUGAACUUGACCCAAAAAUCACUUAUACUCUUAUUGAAAGAGGUUGAAGUUUAUUCUACUUUAGGGAUCUUAUAUUAUAAUAUGAACGAAAAAGAUAAGGCAUAAAAUGAUUAUAAAAAGGCUAUUGAAAUAAAUCCUAGAUGUUAUGAUGCUUAUGUUAACUUAGGUAUGUAAUUGGAGCAUCUCUUAUUUAGGCAAUUUAUCGAAAUCUUUAGAUUAAAACUAAUAGGCUCUCGACUAUUAUAAUUAAGCUGCAGAAUUGGAACAAAAUAAUUAUUUGGCUUAUCAUAAUAGAGGUAUCAUAUUGUUAUCGAAAUAAUAAAGCUGUUUUAUGGAAUAAAUUGAAUGAAAAAGAGAAAGCACUUGCUGAUUUUGAUAAAGCAAUUUUAUUAAAUCCUAAUAGUGCAGUUUCAUAUUCUUCUAGAGCCUAGUUGCUAUCAGAAUUGAAUUAGAAAGAUAGAGCAAUAGAUGACUUAACAAAAUCUUUACAAAUCAAUCCAAAUUAAAGUAAUCUUCUGAUUUUAAGAGGUAAGGGAUACAUUCUAUAUAUUUAGGAAAUUUGCAUAGAUAAAAACAAUAAAUUUCUUAGGCAAUCUAAGAUUACACCGAAGCUAUUAAAAUCAAUCCAAAUUAAGCUGAUUAUUAUGUCACUAGAGGUUUUAACUAUUUUUGAUUAUCUUAGGUAACAUUUUACAAGAUCCGGCCAAGGAGCACGAGAAGGCCUUAUAAGAUUAUAAUAAAGCAAUUGAAAUUGAUCCAAAUUAUUUCAUUUCAUAUUAUUAGAGAGGUAUCAUCCAUUCCUAAAGUAGCUUUGCUAUAUAGAUCUAUUGACAAAAUCGAGCUUGCUAUUGCUGAUUGCAGUAAAUGUAUUGAAAUAAAUCCGAAAAGUGAACUUCCUUAUAUUGCUAAGGGUAAUUAUGAUUAGCUUAUUUGAGGUUUAAUAUUCAAAGAAUUGAAUAAGCCACAAGAGGCCAUAGUAGAAUACAAUAAGGCUUUGUAGAUCAACCCAACUUGUACAAGUACAAUCUUGAAAAGAGGUAUCAUACUUCACAAAAUAUUAAGGGGAUGCUUAUGAAUAAAUGAAUAAUCACUAAGAGGCUUUAAACAACUAUACUAAAGUAAUACAAUUGAUUCCAAACGAAUCCAGCGGAUAUUCUAGUAGAGGUUCAUAAACUUGAAUGAAUUUUAGCUCCUCUAUUGAUGAAAUUGGGUCAAAAGGAAGCAGCUUUAUAGGAUUAUAAUAAAGCGAUAGAAGUGAAUCCUGGAGAGGCGGCCAAUUAUUAUAAUAGAGGUAAAAUAGAAUAUAUUUGAAGGUAUUUACCAAAAUCAAGUUUAAUAGAAAGAGUUGGCACUUUAAGAUUACAACAAAACCAUCGAACUAAAUUCUAACAGCUAUUUAGCUUACAAUAAUAGAGGUUAACGUAGUAUAUUACAAUAGCCCUCAUACUUUAGAGUAUUGGUAGGAAAGAUGAAGCUCUAUAAGAUUUAUUAAAUGCAAUCAGACUAUGUCCUGAUAAUCCUUUAUUUUUGGCCAACAUAGGAGAUCGAUAUUAUUCAGAUCAAUAAUUUGAAAAAGCAACCCAAUAUUAUAAAUAAGCAUAACUUUAUAUAGAAACUCUUUCAACCACAAGAAUAAGCCAAAUGAGAUUGACCUAAGGAAAUUUAAACUACAUUAAAACAAAAGUAAAAUUAAUCACCUAGAUCGAAAAUGAAAUUUAAAAAAUGAAAUAAUAAAUAGCCUAAUUGCCUUAAACGGGCUAAAAUAAGGAAUAAAUAUAAGAGUACUUAGAAAAAGUAAAAUGUAUUGAAAGAUCUGUAUCAUAUUCUGUUCAACCAAUCAAUCAAGAUCAGUAAACUGAUACACAACAAAUGAUGAUUUCAUAUUUUUAAUAGAUGGAGAAAUAAUUAAAAGAACUUUAAGCCAAAGUAAGCUCAUAGGAUUAAGUUAUAAAUUAAUUAAUCUAAUAAGAUUCAUUUAAAAUCGAAUAGGAAAUGAAGGAAAUAAAAUAAAAUAAAAAUAAGCAUCAAUUAACCUAUUUCAGAUCUUUGUUUUGGCAUUUAUAUUAUUAUUUACAUGCUAUGUCUGAGAUAUCUACAAACUUGUUCCAAGUGAAUACUAAUGCAAUGAUAGAAAGUACAUCUGAAAAAGUUAUGAAUGUCGUCAAAAAAGCAUUUAAUGUAGGAGCAAAGGUUUUAGAAACAGUACAUAUAGCUGAACAUGCAUUUCAUAUUAUCAAUGAGGCAUUAAAUUUUGUAGUGGAUCAUCAUAGAGAGGAAAAGUUUAAGAAAAGAUUAAUGCUAUUAACUAACAUAUUGAAAUUGUUUGCUAUUACUCCUUCAGAGUUAGAAAGGGAAGUCUAAUUUACUGCAAUUGAAUUAAGCAGAACUUAGUAACCUGGAUUAAAAGAGAUACCACAUUCAAAAUUCAUAGAAUUUAUUAAGAAAUUAUCUGAUGAAGAAAAUAUCUCAGAGGAGAGCAGCAAAGAUGUAUAUUGGAAAAAAGGAAUUGAAGAUACUUUGAUUAUCUUAAAAUAUUUAGAGAAGAGGAAUCAGAAAAUUAUAAAGGAGGAUCAAAACAAAAAAUUAAGAGAAGUAUUUUUGGAUGCUAUUAAACAAAAUGCAAUUGAUCAAAGCAAUAAAAAACAAAAGGAUAAAUCACAAAAACAAUCAAAAUAAAAUAAGGCUAAAAAGGACAAUUAAGAGUAAUGUACAAUUUAAUGA